AGCUAUGUGUUAGCAUACGCUUCGGAUGUGUAAUACUGUUAACUUUAGCCCAAAAGCCAUGUCGUCGUAUCAUCAUUUAUUACAACAAACAAAACCUCGGUUUGAAUCUCCUGCUAAGGUGUUUGCGAAGCUAAAAGCGAAAGUGCAGAGAGAAGCGAUGUGCGCGAGGGAUCCGUAUUGUAACGUAAGAGAGAAACACGGAGCAGAUUUUAACUCGCCGAGGAAGAGAACAGAGAGCACCUGGAUGAACGAGGAGCCCACGGAAAAUCACAGGUUUGGUUCUUACCGCAGUGAAGUGCAGGCUUUGACCCUUUCUCCCAUAUCGACUCCUCAGAAAACCUUAGGGUACUCAUUAGACAUUAGCAGCAAGCCUGCGGAGGAAAUGCCUCCUUUGAGUGAAAUGGGACAUGCUUUUCUGUCAAGAUAUAGACACACACCAACAACGAGAGCUUUCCUGGAGUCAACAGCGGUGUCCCAUCCCCUUUGUCAGGUCAACAGAGAGGAGAUCCGCACAAAGCCACCUCAGAUCAGAGACGAUGGUUUCAAGGUGACAAGCAGGACUCCAGUAAAGAUACAGCCAGUAGAAAAUGACUGUGUAAGGGCUGUGUUUGAGGAGGAUUAUGCUCCUCUCGGUAAACCAAUGUCUCCAGCCAAGAUGUUUUCCCCCAUGAGGAAGAGAUUGAGGAAGAGAAAAUGGGAGCAGCAGGAGUUCAACAAAGUCAGCAGCAGUACAAAGGAGGUCAACAGUGAAGUUGUAAGUCAACCAAAAGAAAGGAAAACCUCCACUGCUUUCAGUGAGGAUAACGGCCACAACAAGACCUGCAUAGAGGAUCUGGGUCAUAUUAUAGGGCUCCCUGCUGACCAGUCAGAGAUGAACCCUUUGAAUCAUGACCCUGUGUUCCCACCACCAAGAUCUGCCACAGAGAAACGUUGCUAUGUUGUUAUGGAAAAAUGUCCUCCAAUGUCUCCUGCCAAGAUGUUUGCCUUCAUGAAAGAGAGGGAAAGUAAAAGGGGACAGCAAGAAGUUCAUGAAGUGAGCAGCAGCACAAGGGAACUCUUUGGUAAUAAUUUCCGUCAGUCCAGAGACACGCCUCUCUCCACGCCUCACGGCGUGACUGAAUUGGAGGACCUUGCCUUUAGAAGUGUUUCAGAAAGUGUGGUUCCUGUCGACCAGUCCAUAGUAGAAUCAGCUGACAGCCAAUCAGAUCCCUCUGAGGAUGUCGCGAUCCCUGCUGCCCGGUCACAGCCAGUUCUGCUUGAAGACCCCCUCGUUCUAAAUUCGCCACGGAUCUCCAUCCCGAAGAAACAUCAGGCUGUGUUCAAGCACAACAAAUGGCCCCAACUCACAAAAUUCCCAAAUGAGAGUGUCAUUUAUCUCAAACAGUGGUUCUUGAGGAAAAAUCAUAAGGGCCUGUUCGUAGAUGGAAUCCACAGGGAGAACAACAUACCAUGGAACAGUAACAUCAUUGCAGACAGGGUUUCUAAUUCUGUGCUGAAGACUGUAUCCGGGAGGGUUUACAUCUUGGUUGGCAGGAUGAACUUGGAUGUUGAUUCUGGGUUUCCCAAAUGGCUUUUGAAGAAGUUUGCUAAUGGUUUUCCUCCAAACUGGAAGACACUUUAUGAGAAGUUUCUGUCAGAGUCAAGACCCAGCUCCAGCAGAAAAACAGAGAAGACCAGUGAAGGGAGAGCAAUUGUAGCCAAGACAAAAUCUGAUCCAUCUUCCAUCAGCCUCUCUGUGAAGCCACAAAGGCAAAAGCCUUUCAAGACACCUGAUUCCUGUCCUCCCUCCAUCUCAGCGUCAACAAAAGUGUCUCGCAGUGGUCGAGUGAUCAAACCCCCUCUGGAGUAUUGGAAAGGAGGGAGAGUCAUUCUGGAUGCACACAUGAAUGUUACCAUCCAUGAAUGUUAUGAUACCUCCAUCUGCAUCCCUGAGGUCACUACAAUGGUGUCUGCGAGGAAAUCACAGAAACCUGCGCGUGUGUUCCUGCCCUGCAGUGAAGGCCAUAAGCAGUGUGAAUCAGCCACCAAUGAAGAGGCACCGGGGCCACAGAGGAAGGUCAAGGCUCCACUCCGCAAACACAGCCGAGCCAAGGGUAACCAUGAUGAGAAGCCCCCUAAUCCACCUGAACCUCUCGUUGAGGCCAUUAGCAGUCCUGAAGAGUGCUCUGGCAGAACAACAAGGUCCAGUAAAAGGUCUCCGGCCAUGGAAAAAAUAUCGUAUGUGGACACUGUCUCUCAAAAGACUGUCUCUGAAAAGACUUCAACAUGGAAGUCAAAAAAACAGGGACAUGACCCCACCAGGCCUUCAGAGAGAGGGCGUAAACAGACUGUGACAGCAUCCCCUGAAUCUCCCACUGUUAAUGACAAAACAUUACAACAACAGUCGUCAGAUGAGGAGUUUUCCAUUAAGAGAAAGAAGCAGAAGAAAGGAGUUUACAGGAAGAAAGGCAGGAAGGUUCUUAACAAGUCACAAUCGAGCCACAUGUCUCCAUCGACUCAGUCAUCAGAGUCCUUUGAGGAGAGUGGUAAAGAACCGAGAGAGAGAACCAGACUAACGAAAAAAAGUGAUGCAACACAAACACUAACAAAACAUAAACCGAGCAAAGGCACCAAAAUUUCACCACCCACGAAAACUUUGCCCAAGUCGACACAACCCCACAAGGCAAACAAGGGGAGCACAACCAUUCCACAAGAGCAAGAUGAAGACAAGUGGACUGAGGCAGAGCUCAUAAAGCUAAAAGAGGCUGUGUCCUACUAUCCUAAACAUGUGGCAGGUUACUGGGCAAAGGUGGCAAGGAUGGUAGGAACACGUUCUGCAGAGGAGUGCCACAACCAGCACACAUCCCAUGGAGUAUCACAGACUCCUGCUAAGAGAGCCAAGAAACCCAGAAAGGAAAAGGUGGAAGCACCAAAAGAUCCAGAUCGUCCCGUAAUAUCUGCUCGAGUGGGAACCUUGAAGAGGAAGCAGCAGGUGCGUCAGUUCCUGGAGGCCAUGCCCAGAGAAGACGCUGAUGAUGUUUUCAGCUCUGCGUACAUGCAGAAUAAACGCUUUGAGAUCCCCUCCAUGUGUCCGAGUGAAGACCACGACCUCACAGUGUCGGACCUGGAGCCCCUUACCCCCAUGUCGAAGGUUUUCCCUGAAGUAAAGACUCCUCAGUGUCUGCAUAUCACCCCUGGCAUGAUGGGCUCUCCAAACAGGAGCAAUGAUGACAAGUACGUCUAUCAGCUUCAGAAGAGGAUGAAAAAAAAUCAGUUUAAUGUCUGCAAACAGGCUCACUCUGCAAAGAGCUUUACACCCACGCCGUCAGUUAAACGAACAAUGAGAAGAUGUGGUAACACAGAAAAUGACACCUUUGUUGUUUGGGAGAUGUUCCCAGGAAACGACGUGGCACUGUCUGAAAGCGGAGAGGAAGAGGAUUUUUACUUCUCAGACAACGACUGAUCAGUUGCAGCUGAGCUGUCAAUGUCAUAGUAAAAUAUAUGAGAGGAAUCAAAUGAGUUAAAUCAAUGGACCUGAGGAGAGAUUUCACCUUGCAUUUGUUUACCUCAUCAAAGGUGAACAACAGUUACAAAUUUUCUCCCCUGAUGUAUGUAAGAAGUGGAGGGAUUAAUGUCCUUUUUUUUUUUUAAAAUAUGGAAACUUGGGUUUUGAUCACAUUGGAGUGAGACAAAUGGCCAGAUUUAUUGAUUAUUAAUCUGAAUCUUUUAAACAUGACUUGUAUAGCAAUGUAUAAAAAUUAAACAUGUUUGUGCUGAUGUGGCCUGUUGUAUAGUUAAAGGACCACUGUGCAGAAUUUGUGGCAACAGAAACGUGGUGGUGGAAGAGGACCUGCUCUUUGUGUACAUAUGAAGGGUUUAUUCUAAGUUAGUGAAAACAUGGAAUAUAAUUUCAUCUCCUUAAAUCCAACACAAUGGUCCUUUAAGUUAAAUAGUUGGGAAUUGUUUUAAAAUUUUAAUUUGUUACAUCCUGUCAAAAACAGAACUGUGUUGCUGUCUUCUUGUAUGUCGCUGUAAAUAUAGUUUUUGUUUAAGGA